AUGAUCUUCUUAAAAACCGCCCCACUCCUCCUUGUAGCCCUCUCCUCGGCUCUCUACGACCCGUCAUCCGGUGCCGACUGGCGCCAACUCAAGCCCGUUUCUCCAAAACCACAGGGUGCUUUGUCCUCCAUUCCCUUCCCAGUGGGUAUAGUCACAAAGCCGUUUGUGUGGGUUGACGGCAGCUGGGAACCGCCUUGUGACGAUGAAGAAAAUGGUGAUAUUUUGGUCGACGACGAAAUCCCCACAAAGUGGGCAGACAUCCACCAGAUCGAGGUGGGCCAGGUCUUGAGACCAGACUUGGAUGGACCUCCACAGAGAAAGCCCAUUUUGCACGAGGAGCCGGAUGAAGAAUCCGAUUGUCUUGAUGAUAUUGAAGACUUUGAGCCUCCUUUGGAACCACCUUCACAAGAAUUGCCCUGUGACGAGGCCGAUUUUGAAAACUUGGAUCCAAACGAUAUAGUCGGUGGACCAGUGAGUGUUGUUCCAGAACAUGGACACCACAAAAGAGCCGACCGUUUCGAAACCUUCAACGGCCCUAUCAAGUUCUCCAGUUGCACCGAUGAAAAUACGCUUGUCAUGUUUUUGGACCAGGGUGUCUUGAGAGACCCAGAAAACAGAAUCGGGCUGAUUGUGGGAAAUCACCAGUUCCAGUUUGACGGACCUACUCCUCAGUAUGGAGCUUUGUAUGCGGCAGGGUGGCUAGUUACUCAAGAUAGCCUUUUGAGUCUUGGAGACCAAACCACCUUUUUCCAGUGUCUGGCUGGAGAUUUCCAUAAAACCUACGAUGCUCCAAUUCUGGACCAGUGUCUUCCAGUGCAGUUGGAAGUGGUGAAACUCGAUUUCGAGUGCUAG